AUGGCCGAAAAACAACCUCAACCCACCGAACCCCCCAAAACCAUCUCCCUCCCCUCCAUCCUCCCCCUCCGCUGGACCACAACCCACACCAUCACCCCAACCAGCAUAAUAACUUACAACCUCGCCCUCUCCGCCCCAGCAACCCACCUCCCUCACGUCUACGAGGGCCACCCCCAAUUCCAGCCCCUGCCCACCUACGCGGCCGUCUUCUGCAUUCAGGCCAUGGGACAGGUGCACAAUGCCAUGCAUACGUUCCUGCCGAAUUUCAAAGCGCACAACCAUGUUCAUGGGGAGCAUUGGUUGGAACUACAUCGAAGUUAUCCGACGAGUGGGAAGGUGGUGACGACGGCGAGGGUGCUGGAUGUUGUUGCGCAGAAGCGUGGUGUGUUGGUGGCUGUGGAGGUCGUAACGCGGUUAGCUGGUGCUGAUGGGGCGGAAGGGGAGAAGAUAUGCACGCAAGAAUGGACUUCGUUUGUGCUGCAAGUCCCUGGGGUCGGUGCGAACACCGCCCUCAAAGAACGAGGCCCGCGUACUCAACGGCAUACCAUCCCCAGCGACAGACAGCCCGACGCAACAAGGGAGUAUGUAGCGACGGCGGAGCAGGGAGCCCUCUACCGCGCCGCCUCCGGUGACCUGAACCCACUGCACAUCGAUCCAGAGACGGCGAGCAGAGCUGGGUUCAGAGCGCCGAUCAUGACGGGGACGUGCACUAUUGGGGUUGGGGUGAGACUUGUGAUGGAGGUGAUGGGGCAGGGGAAGAAUUUUGAGAGUGUCAAGUGCAGGUUGAGUCGACCGGUGUUUGCGGGGGAUCGUGUGAGGGUGGAGAUGUGGCGAGUAGAAGACGGCUUGGUGGUGUAUAGGAUGGUGGUGGAUGAGGAAGAUGAGAAAGGGGGAAUGAGGCAGAGGGUUGUGAUUGAUGGGGCAGGUUUGAGGUUUGUGGGUGGUGAUGUAGGUGGUGCGAAAUUGUGA